AAAAGGUUAACGGUUCAAGCAUCAUCUUCAUAGGGUACUAUCAGAUCUGUGCCAUUUCUUCCAACCGCAGAGGCAUGGACGAGAAGCUCAUACAGCGGUUAGAAUCGGCGGUGUCGCGCUUAGAGUCGCUCUCCGCCGGAUUCCAACCAUCGGCCUCGCCGGCCAGCACCGGCGACGAUGCGGUGCGCGAUCCGUCCGUCGUUGCGUUCGCCGAUCUGAUCGACCAGUACGUCGCUAGGUUUUCCCGCGCUGCGGAGGUUAUCGGAGGACAGGUCUUGGAUGUGUCGAAACUUGUGCAGGAAGCUUUCAAUGUUCAGAAAGAACUUUUGAUUGAGCUCAAACAAACACAGAAGCCUGACCUUGCUGGGUUGGGUUCAUUUCUCAAACCAUUGAAUGAAGUGAUCACGAAAGCUGGCAAAUUGACAGAGGGAAGGAGAUCUGAUUUUUUUAAUCACUUGAAGGCUGCUGCUGACAGUCUCUCAGCUCUAGCAUGGAUUGCAUAUACAGGGAAGGAUUGUGGCAUGAGUAUGCCAAUUGCGCAUGUGGAAGAAAGCUGGCAAAUGGCUGAGUUUUACUGCAACAAGGUGCUUGUAGAGUACAGAAACAAAGACCCAAAUCAUGUUGAAUGGGCAAAAGCUCUUAAAGAGAUGUAUCUACCUGGAUUGAGAGAUUAUGUCAAGAGCUUUCAUCCUUUGGGCCCUGUUUGGAGUCCAAAAGGAAAAGUAUAUGCUCCAUCAAAAGCUUCUGCUCCUGCUGCACCUGCCGCCCCUCCCCCUCCAUCUGCUUCUCUAUUUAGUUCUCAAUCAUCUCAGGCUUCAUCUUCUAAACCUAAAGAGGGCAUGUCAGCUGUUUUUCAGCAAAUCAGUGAAGGAAACGUCACUUCAGGUUUGAGAAAGGUUACGGCUGAUAUGAAAACUAAGAAUCGCGCCGAUAGAACUGGAGUUGUUGGCACUAUUGAAAAAGAAAGUCAUGCAACUUCACGUGUGCCUUCUAAAGCAGGACCUCCAAAAUUUGAACUUCAAAUGGGCCGCAAAUGGGUUGUUGAAAAUCAAAUUGAAAAGAAAGAUUUGGUCAUUGGAGAUUGUGAUGCAAAACAGUCUGUAUAUGUUUAUGGAUGCAAAAACUCUGUUUUGCAGAUUCCAGGCAAGGUCAACAAUAUAACUAUUGACAAAUGCACAAAGAUGGGAGUUGUAUUUAAGGAUGUUGUUGCAGCAUUUGAGAUUGUAAACAGUAGUGGGGUUGAGGUUCAAUGCCAGGGUGCAGCUCCUACAAUUUUAGUGGACAACACUUCUGGCUGCCAGCUAUAUCUGAGCAAAGACUCUUUACAAACAUCCAUAACUACAGCGAAGUCAAGCGAGGUCAAUGUCUUGGUUCCUAGUGCUGAAACCGAUGGUGACUGGGUGGAGCAUUCUUUGCCACAACAAUACAUUCAUGUGUUCAAGGAUGGACAUUUUGAAACAACACCUGCUUCUCAUUCUGGAGGUUAAAUUGACUCGCAAGUUGAAGUUUCUAUUUAUUUUGGAAUGCUGUGGGAGUGGCUUCAAUUUGUUGUUUCGUUAAUUCAUUUACAAAUACAGUCAGAUGAAUAGGUUUACCGUAUGCUCGUUGUUUAUGCUAGCGGUUUUUUCCAUGGGUUUAUUGAACCAUUGGAAUCCUCCUUGUGAUUUUUGGUUUUGAUAGUUUGGUUCUGCUUGAGCAUGUUUCUGUCUUAAGUUGCAUCAUGCAAUCGAGUUUUUAGCUUUUCAGAGGACCGUUACAAUCUGAAUAUCUUGGUUUGUUCUGGUGUCUUGCGUAUUUUGAGGAUAGAGCAAGGAUGAUGUACUCGGUUCAUUCAGAAAGGUAUUUUGUUCUCAGUUUGUAAUGAGAAAAGACGAGUUAUGGACGUUCUUGGCU